GAUGUCGCUCCGGUAUCAGCCGUCGAUCGAGAGCAUCGACUACUGGCAUCUGUCGGUGUUCGUGCGGUACUUCCUGCCGACGAUGCUGGGGGUGCUGUUCGUGAUGGCAGCGCCGCGGUUGCGGGACUGGGUGUUCGCGCUGGUGCACCAGUACGUGACGGGGAGGGCGGACCCGGAGGUGAAGGGACUCAAGUCGCGGCUGUUUCACGGGUUGGGGGCGCUGAAGUCGGGGGACCCGGAGUUGAGGAAGGCGGGGAGGAUCAGGAUCCUGGAGGUCGGGGCGGGGACGGGGGUGAACUUUCAGUUCUUCCCGGGGGACUGCCGGUUGGUGGUGGUGGACCCGAACCCGAACUUCCGGCGGUACUUCGAGAAGAACCGGGACGAGUACGCCGGGAUGGAGUUAGAGGCGUUUCACACGGUGAAGGGCGAGGACAUGCGGCCGGUCGGGAGCGGGAGCGUGGACGCGGUCGUCUGCACCAACGUCCUCUGCAGCGUGGACGAGACCCAGCGGUUCCUGUCGGAGGUACUGAGAGUACUGGUACCCGGCGGGAAGUUUUACUUCUGGGAGCACGUGCGGGAUCGGAGAAACAGCUGGCUCCGAGUCGUCCAGGAUCUACUGGCUUGGACCUUCGUGUGGUCGUGGGUCGGGGGCGGGUGCGUGCCGAAUCGGAAUCUCGUGCCGGAGUUGAAGAAGGCUGGUUUCUCGCAGUUGGAGUGUCGGAUGUUUCUGCUUCCCAUUCAGGAGCCGGUCUUUUCUUUCAGGGGAUUUGUGCUCAGGGUCGUGAGGCCGCACGUGAGGGGGGUUGCCACCAACGGGGAGUUUGAGGAAGUUCACACGGUGACGGACAAGGACAUGCGGCCGGUCGGGAGCGGGAGCGUGGACGAGGUCGUAUGCACCAACGUCCUCUGCAGCGUGGACGAGUCCCAGCGGUUCCUGUCGGACGUACUGAGAGUACUGGUACCCGGCAGGAAGUUUUACUUCUGGGAGCACGUGCGGGAUCGGAGAAACGGCUGGCUCCGAGUCGUCCAGGAUCUGCUGGCUUGGACCUUCGUGUGGUCGUGGGUCGGGGGCGGGUGCGUCCCGCAACGGAAACUAGUGCCGGAGUUGAAGAAGGCUGGUCUCUCGCAGUUGGAGUGUCGGAUGUUUCUGCUUCCCAUUCAGGAGCCGGUCUUUUCUCUCAGGGGAUUUGUGCUCAGGGUCGUGAGGCCGCACGUGAGGGGGGUUGCCAUCAAG